UGCUUCCUUUCUUUCACUCGGUAAUUUUUUAUUCAACAAUGAAUUAAUAAAAUCACUGUUUUCAAUCAAAGACUCUUCCAAAUAACGUGGUUUUAUAUUAUGUUUUUCUUUAAUACAUCCUAAGUAAAGAAAUAAUUUGUAAAAUCUUGAAUUUGUAACUGAAUGUCGGAGAGGUUAGUUUUUGUUCGUUAGGAAAGAAACAGUUUUUUAUCACAGUUCCCUUUGUUUCUCGGCAACAAGGCAUGGAUUUCGUGAAAAGGGAAGACCAAGCAAUAAUCGACGAUGAACUGCAACAGCACUAUAAGCUUUACAUGGAGAAUGCUCAGAAAACCCACCACAUGGAGACGGGAGACUACCAACACGCUCUCUCAAUGGAACAGCUCCACCAAAUACAGACCUCCAUCAACACCACGAUAGCCCACAACUUCCAGCUCCCGCUGUCGCCUCGGCAGAUCUCCACGCUGAUGCUGAAGACCAACCAUUUUAACCAGAUACCAGCUCAUCUACCGAGGAACCUGGAGGUAGACCUAGUGCAGAACUUAAAUGAUCUAACUCAAAUGAGGAACGAAGAUAUCAUCAAUCAGAAUUUGAGGUUGAAUGAGCUCGAGCUGCAGGCGGCCCAGAAUCUUCAGCUCAACGAGCAGGAGCUGUCCAGGCUCAACCAGGAUCUGAGGUUGGAGUUACCUCAGAAUUUGGGACGUAUAGAGCUGGGGCAUGAUUUGAUGGCUCAUAUGGAUGAUAGGCAGAUGGAUGGGAUCAUGGAGACGAGGAUGGUGCUAGAAGAACCCAGGCAGGUAGACCACCAGCACCAGAUCCCGCUGCCGUUCCACAUCAAGUUGGAACAGGACGAGGAGUACUUCUACGAGAACGUCAACCCGGCCAGCCAAGCGAUCAAUGUCAACGGAAUGGUUUCAGGUCAUAUCCCGGUUCACACGGAGCAUCAACAAACCAUACAUCAAGACCAAAUGUACGUCUACAACAAUCAUGUGGGGGUCCCCGCUUUAAACUCCCUAGACCUCUACCCCAGACCCCAAAACUAUGUGCAAAGCUACGUUAACAAUGUCAGAGACAACCCUGAGAACCUAGUCGUCCAUAGACAAUUCGAGAACGCUAGUCCCUACGCAGAGGAAUUUAAAAAGUUAAGACAAGAACCGAAAGAAAAAAUCGAAGAGCCUAAAGAAAACCAGAAACCGGACACGAAUAAGAUUCUAUUUUCAAAUUAUCAGAACGAUUUUGUUGCCAAGAACGAAAACGACUCUAACGUUCAAAAUAAAAUAACUGAAGAAUUGUCUAUGAAUAUAAAAGGAGAGUAUUCCUGCUAUAAAUGUAACGAUGUUUUUUCAACUAAAAGAGGUUUGAAGCAACACGCCAAAACAUGUACAGAGGCGAAUGAUCCUAUGGAGAAACUUGGGAAAUUCGUCUGCUCCCAAUGCCCUUAUAGAUGUCAAUCGCCCGCCAUAUUGAAAAUCCACGAAAGAACUCAUACUGGAGAAAAGCCGUUUUCAUGUACAUUCUGUGAUUACAAGUCGGGACAAAAAAAUAACGUGGCUAAACAUAUUUUAGUUCAUAUGAAGGAAAAGCCGUUCCGGUGCCAGUAUUGUGAAUAUAGGUGCGCGCAGAAGAAUAACUUGGUCGUUCAUGAGAGAACGCACACAGGGUACAAGCCGUUCGCUUGCCCGUACUGUGACUACCGCACCGUUCAGAAACCUAACUUGGUGAAACAUAUGUAUCUGCACACGGAUCAGAAACCAUUCUCGUGCGACCAAUGCAGUUACCGUUGUGUGCAGAAAACCAAUUUGACUAAGCAUAAACAGAGGCAUUUGAACGAGAAAGGUGAGAAGGUGGAUUUGAAGAGUCAGACGAAGCCUUAUAGGCCGAGGCAGAAAUCUGUGAAGUGUCCGCAGUGUUCGUAUAAGUGUGUGCAAAAGUCUAGUUUGGAUAAACAUAUUGAGUUUAAGCAUGGUGCAGUGCAAAAUUUGAAUGUGGAAUCACAGGUUAGUGAGAGUGAGGAAAUACAGAAUUUAAGUGUGAAGAAAGAUUUUGAGUGCCAAGAGAAAAUGCAAGUGUCGUAGUGAUGUGUGUUUGCUAUAGGUUAGAACUUAGAGCUAAGUGGCGCUUAAUUUACAAAAAUGGGGUUGGGUGUAUUUUACAGAGGGCGCCAUCAUAGCUUGCCCAGACAAUCCCUAGUGCGACAUAGAACAAAAUGGAACAAAAAAUAUUCCAUAGUAAAUUGUUGCCAUGUUUAAGCAAUUUACGUCAAAAAUGUGACUGUUACGUAGGAAGUGGCGCCCUCAAUAAUUUACUACAAUUUCUUGUCGGAUUAUAAAAUUGUGUCGAAUUCUUGUUUUUUUUUUGGAAUUUUAUGGCCUGGAUGCCUGUUCUUUAAGCCAAAUCUCAUAAAACAAAACUAGAACAAUGGGUAAGCUAUAAUAGCGCCAUCUAUGCAAACCUUUGACAGUUGCAAUUUUUUUUCUAAACCAUGAUGUGUUACUAUUAAUUUUCUAUUUUUUACUCAACCGUACCAGACAGUAGGGAUAUGUUUAUGUGUAUGUAUGUUUGUUUCUCUGGCAGGCCCUACAGUUUAAUCUGAGUGACUAUAUGAUGAUAUAUAUGUGUGCAGUUGUUUAAAAUGCUACAUUAUGGCACUUGUCCCACCAAGAGCGAGUAAGCGAUUAACUAUCGGCGAUUUUCUCGCCCAAGAAACGAACAAAAGAUUAGGAUCCUGUAUUAGUAAAAGAGAUAAAUAUAUUAAUAGUUCAUGGCUGGCUGUUCACACUGCCGGCGAGAACACUCGCUCUACUAGUUUGUCGCCGCGAUAAGAUAAAACUAGUUCAGCGGUACUUGCUCGGCGAUGCUCGCUUUGUAGUUUGAACAAGUCUGCGUGUUCGGCUACGCUUCACCGCCCGAGCGAGUGACGCGAGUAAUAGCCCGCCGCACUCGAACACUCGCCUAUAGCCGAGCGACAAAACUAUUGGAGCUAACACUCGCUUCUCGCCGCUCGCCCACUCGUUUCUAGUUUAUCGUUCUACUCGCUUAUCGCUCAUCGUCGGCGGUGGGACAAGUGCCUAUUGUUAUUAAGAUCAAAGACAAACUGUGACUUUUUUUUUACAAUUAUUAUAUCAUUUGACUUAUAUUUUAUAAAUACAAGUUUUUAAAUCAGAUUUCUUUCGAGUGAAUUUAUUUAUAGGUCUCAACAAAAAACAUCAAGUAACAUACAGGGAAGUUGAGGUUUUUGAUAUUAUAAUAAAUUUAACAGCGCCACCUAGUUUUCGCAUUGUGAUUUACUAGACUAGACAUUAGUUUUAUAGUUUGCUAUGUUUAUAAUUUGUAAAUAUGUAAGUUUUUGAACGAAUUUUACAUUCCAGCUUUUAAAGACACCUUUUGAACAUAGGCGAAAAUAUGUCCAAUAAUAACUAACCAAAAUCAGGUACAUUCAGCAGCAGAAGUUGCUAAGCGAGCGGGUUGUUCAAAAUGAUCUAGACACGACUUUAUUAUUAAGAGAAUAAGAGUGUGUCAAGGUAAUUUUGAACACCUCGCCCGCUUAGCUACUUCUGCUGCUGACUGUAAUAUCUAAUAAUUAUUAUAACUUUUUUCAUUUUAACUGGAGUGUUUGAUUCUGUGAAUUAAAAGGGACUAGCUUUUGGAUAGGACCCUUUUGACUUAGUAUGACACAUUAGGAGUUAAGUUUGCAGUGCAAAUUAAGUUUUAAGUUGAACGCAGCCCUAAAAUACAGGACGCAAAGCACGAAGAAUUUCGUAGAUUGACCCACCCGUUUCUAUCUCUAUCGCACGCGCAUUAUAUUAUUGUUGUCUCGCCCAUGAUGCCGGCGGUCAAUGCCACUGUGCGAGCGUAACAGCAAUAUAAUUAUGUGCGUGUGAUAGAGAUGGGAAGUAACGAGUCAAUGUACGAAAUUAUUCGUGCUUUGCGUCCUUUAGUAAAUGCGUCACACGGACGCUUUUUUACAACGAUAUAAUAAAUAGUUUGAGUGUCGAUAGUUUUAAACAGUGAAGUUCGUUUAUUUGUAUGUAUGUAUCAUGUUAUAUCUAUUUAUGUAUAUGCAAAUUGCAAAACUAAAAAUGUCUAUUAUUAAAUAUAUAAUAUGCCAAUAUAACUAUAUGUAUAUACUGUAUUUAUGGAAAAAACGUGCAGAAAAGUUUGUUUAGUUACUAUACAAGGUUCCGUCAUUCAAAAAAUAAACAUUUGAAAGUAUUUUUUGUUUAAUGAAAUGAAAUUGAUCGAAAAUUUCUAUACAAUACUAUUUUUGUGAUAUAGCGUUAAUGAAUUAAGUAUUUUGAACCUUGAUUCAUCAUCAUCAUCAUCAUCUCAGCCAUAAGACUAAGUCCACUGCUGAACAUAGGCCUCCCCCUUGGACCUCCAUUCGUACCGGUUGGAAGCCACACGCAUCCAGCGUCUUCCGGCGGCUUUAACAAGGUCGUCCGUCCAUCUUGUGGCCCUUGUGUGUGUGAACCUUGAUUCGUUGUUCCUAAUAAUGUUGAUACGUGUAUGCGCUGUAAAGAUUCUGCAGAGUUAGCUUGGUCCGGCUCUGAGGGCCUACCGCCACAUGUUGCCUCUGUCGCACAUGUAAAUUUGUACGUAAGUAUGACAAGGAGGUACACGUCUUAAAAAAUAUUGGUAACCUGAUUCUCACAGAUCCUGAUCAUUUUGGGUUCUUUCAACUCAGAAUAACUGGCAUAUUAAAUCCUGAUGCAAAAAAAAUGUCCCAAUAAUUUGUAUGGAAAUUUUAGUUUCCACUGCUUCACGUAAAAAUCAUACUAAAACGUGACGUAACGGAACGGACAUUUUUUUUAAAUGCUGUCUAUUCUUCAUGAGUAGAAUGAGUUCAAGUCUCAAGAAAGUCCAGAUUUGUAAGAAUCUGGUUUAUAGUAAGAUUUUUUUAGGGUUCCGUACCCAAAGGGUAAAACGGGACCCUAUUACUAAGACUUCGCUGUCCGUCCGUCCGUCCGUCCGUCCGUCCGUCUGUCACCAGGCUGUAUCUCACGAACCGUGAUAGCUAGACAGUUGACAUUUUCACAGAUGAUGUAUUUCUGUUGCCGCUAUAACAACAAAUACUAAAAACAGAAUAAAAUAAGAUUUAAAUGGGGCUCCCAUACAACAAACGUGAUUUUUGACCAAAGUUAAGCAACGUCGGGAGUGGUCAGUAUUUGGAUGGGUGACCGUUUUUUUUUUUUUGCAUUAUGGUACGGAACCCUUCGUGCGCGAGUCCGACUCGCACUUGCCCGGUUUUUUUUAAAACGCCUUGUUGAUAUCACAACUCCACUUAUAAGGCUUAUAAGGUUCAAAUUAUCUUUGAGCUGGGCUGUGAUGUAUUUCUUAAUUGUUACCAAGAGAUUGUAAUGUAGCGUGUCAUCACAAUGUUCUUUUGAAUAAAAAUGGAAAAACAAAAAAGAGGGCGCUAGUGUUGUGAACAGACAGAAAUAAUUAAGUUUUUUUAGUGAUAUUUUUGUGUAAUCUUUUUAAGGUAUUUUUUUAACAUGCCGCUUACCAAAGUGA